AUGCAAAAAUUAGGAAAACGAGGUUUAGAGUUCAUGGAAUCUAAAUUUAAGUUGGCCGAAGAACACGAGAUUGCCAUUUUUUUAUCGCCAAAAUUUAAAUGUCUAAAAAUGUUUUCAGAACCAAAUAAAUCACGUAUAUUUCAAAAUAUAGGAUUAAAGUUGUUAGAAAUUGAAUUAAAAGAAAAUACAACUCCAGAAAACCUACACCAGGAACAUAAUGUUACCAUACAAAAAAACACUUCGAAUAGCUCACUAUUUUCAGAAUGGGAAGAUGGUGAAAAUAAUGAAGAUUUAGACAAUAGGCGUAAAUAUGAAAAAGAAUUGGAAGCUAUUUAUAUAAGCAAUUUGUUAGAUUUUUGGAAGCGUCAAAAUCACAUUUUUCCACAUUUAAGUGUAUUAGCACGACAAAUUUUGGCUAUUCCAGCUAGUAGUGCUAGCAGUGAACGCUCUUUUAGCGUUGCUGGAAGACUAAUCGAAGAGCUUAGAAGUUGUCUGAGUGGUACAAGUGUAGAUUCGAUUUUGUUCUUAAAUAACCAUUUUAAAAAUAAAAAAUGA